UUGUUUCUCCUUGGGCCUGUUUGGAAGCACUUGUUUCCAACUGUAUUUGAUGUACAACUAGACAUGAAGCACUUUGCUGUGUCUUAACAUUAACAUGAGUAUGACCUCAACUUCUGCAGCUUGCUGUUACUCAAUCAGUCAGUCCAUACACUUUCUUUAAGCAUGAAAUAUCCUGACUUUCUUUUGGAUGAGAAGAUUAAACUUGAUGCUUGUAUUAGAUGCACUGAUAUAUCUUUUCUAUAUCCUUGGACUGCUUUUGGAAAAUUACCAAGAUUAGAUUUGAUCAAAUAACAUGAAGAAUGACUGUCUCAAACUCCUUGACAUAAACUUCUACUUCAACAAACAUGUAUGUGGUCCGUUUUAGGGGCAAGAAGAGAAAAAAAACAAAACAAAAAAAAAAACACCCCGCCUCUUUACAUUGAGAGCAGCCUUCCUGGUCAGAGUUGACUUACGGACUUUGCAGAGCUUCAGUCAUACACACAAUGAUGAACUUCACCUUGAUAACAGCUUUGAUUCUCUGCAGCCUCAGCUGGAUCUCUGUCUCAGCUUCUGAGUCUCAGACUGUGAAUGUCCAGCCUGGUGAAGAAGCCAUGCUGCUGUGCUCUAAGACGCCCGAAUCUGACUCUUUGGCAUUAUGGUUCAGAGUGGUCAACAGAACCAAGGCCAGCUCCAUUUCCACUAUGAUCAGAUCUAAGAGCAAACCUUUAUACUUGGAUGGAUUUAAAAAUGGAAAAUUUGAAAUGGGAUCCAACACCUCCGCUGUCUCUCUUAAAAUUAAGAGAGUGAAUUUUUCUGACUCUGGGCUGUAUUUCUGCGGAUUUAACACAGCGGGACGGACAGUUUUAAGUGUGAUACAUUUAAAUGUUGAAGGCAGUGAAGAAUCUCAAGAAGACGUUGACAGACAGUCUAAAAAGUCUGACGGAAUAGCAAAGCUGAUGAGUGUGAUCCUGGGCGGUCUGACUGUUUUCCUCGUAAUGGUCGUAGUUGGUCUGGUUGUCGAAAUCAGGAAACUUCAGACAGCUGCCAGUGAAGAACAGAAACCACAACAGCGUGAGAAUCUGGACUCUGAUGACCUGAAAGAUGCAGCACUGAGUUUGUAUUCAACAUCAAUAAAAAACAGGAGGCCUGCAUCAGAGAGAGAAGUGGAAACUCGUGUUAUUUAUGCUGCCAGCAGAAAGACUCAGAGUGGUUCAGAGUGGAACUGAUGCUUUUAUCAUAUUAAUCCACUGCUGUGUUCUUUUGUGGGUGGAGGGAGGAGUUACCAUUUUCUUACUGAAAAAAUUGUAAAAUAAUCCAAUUACUAAACAUAUGUGCCUUUACUCUCAUGUCUCUCUCACUCUCUGUCUUCCUAAUUUUAUCUGACUGUGGUUACUGUCCAUAUAGACAAUAGAUAGAUGGAGGUCUGCAGCAGUGGAGGAGUGAUUGAGUUUCACAUCACUUGUUUGACAGGAAGAGACAGCACAGUGUGGUCUGAGCACAGCUGAUGUGAGAAUCAUGAGGCCUGUUAGAUCGAAGCUCUGUAAGAAUAAAGUCUGAAAUGAAGCAGUGAAUACUGGCUGACCUUCUUCUGUCAAGUCGACAAAGUGAUCAGGUUCUACAUUUAUGAAGAUGUUUUGGAAACUGGAUAUUUUAAC